UCGGCUUACUUCCUCAUAUCCCUCCCCUCCCGCUAUCUCCCCUUCUGCGCCAGACCUACCUCUGCGGCAAUCACGACCUCGCCUUCGUCGGCGCCCUUCCGACGGCUCCCCCUUUGCCGCCACCUGGAGCGGGAGCGGCGGUUCGAGGGGGAGGGGUACGAGGCGAUGCACGUUCAAGGCAGGCGGUCGAUUGCUCGAUUUUGGGUUCCAAGUUCAAAAUUGCACUUGGCAAACUGAUACAACAAAAUCUGCUCUUUACAUAUAAUUCUUCCAGUCUGAUUUGAACUUGUAUCACAGACUUGAUCAGGGCAGUCCCUGAUCCUCACAAAAAUCUGCUCUUUCAGAAUUGGUUUAAGGUUCACGAGGAGGCAUUAUAUAUAACUGUGAUUCAAGUGAAUAAUUAUUUGUUGAAGGAGCGUGCAUCUCGAGUUGCUAUUUGUUAAUUAAUAUAAUAAAAAAAAGUUUAUAGAACAAGGGGAAAUCAGGGCCCAUAAUCCAUUCACCACAUGCAUGCUACAGGCUACAGCCUACAAAUUAGAGCAUUGCUUCCUCAACGGAGCAGACAAUAAUCGAUGACAAUGGCUGUCGAGACAUUGCAGUCGUCCAAGCACGUCUGCGUCAUCGGCGCUGGGGCCUCCGGCCUCGUCUCGGCCCGUGAGCUCCUCAGGGAGGGACAUUCUGUUGUCGUUCUGGAGCAGAACCACGACCUCGGCGGCCAGUGGCUCUACCAAGACGUCGGCGCCGGCGCCGCCGCCACAGUCCACAGUAGCGUCUACGCCUCCUUGCGCCUCAACGCGCCCAGAGCAUCUAUGGAGUUCACCGAUUUCAUGUUCGCUCCCGUCGAAGGAAGAGACGCCAGGGACUUCCCCGGCCACCGCGAGCUCUUCCUCUACCUCAAAGACUUCGCCCGGUGUUUCGGGUUGACCGAGCUCAUCAGGUUCAACACGGAAGUAGUCCACGUCGGCAUGGCGGCAGAAACUGGCAAAUGGAUUGUGAGAUCAAGGGACAUGAGAACUGAUGAGGGUGGUGAGUUCGUGGAAGAGAUCUUUGAUGCGGUUGUCGUCGCCACUGGCCAUUUCUCCCUGCCCAGGCUUCCAAAAAUCAGGGGAAUGGAGGAGUGGAAGAGGAAGCAGCUUCACUGCCAUGUCUACAGAAUCCCAGAUCCAUUCCAAGAUGAGGUGGUGGUGGUCGUUGGUGGUGCAAUCAGUGGACCAGAGAUUGCUCUGGAGCUUGUUCAUGUAGCCAAGGAAGUCCAUAUAAGUACUAAACAAGUCGAAAUCCCUGAGAAACUAGUGAUGCCUGUGGCCAAGUAUGCACAUCUGCUCUGGCACCAAGAGAUUGAGUUGCUUUGUGAAGAUGGAACUGUUGUAUUUGCUGAUGGUUCAAGUGUAGUCGCCGAUACGAUUCUCUACUGUACUGGGUAUUCAUAUUCAUUUCCAUUCCUGGACACCAAAGGAGUCAUCCAUGUGGAUGAGAAAAGAAUUGGACCUUUGUAUGAACACACAUUUCCUCCCUCCCUUGCGCCGUCCCUUUCUUUUGUUGGGAUUCCAAACAAGUUUAUCAUCUUUCGAUUUUUUGAGUCACAAGCGAGAUGGAUAGCUCAGGUGCUCUCUGGGAAGAGGAAGCUGCCGUCGGCAGAUGAGAUGAUGAAGGCAAUCGAAGAAGUCGAGCACCCUCAAGAGCUUGAAGAACCAAAAAGUAUCAUACAAAUAAUUGCUGAAAUAUUGGAGUAUUAUGAUAGAUACGGCGAUCAUUGUGAUUUUCCACACUUGGAAGAUUGGAGAAAAGAGAUCAUAAUGAAGUGCGUGGAAAAUUGUUUAAACAAUUGUGAAACAUUCAGGGAUGAAUAGCAAGGAUGACUACACACAGAAUAGCUAGCAGUGAGCAGAGUGAGACAUGGCCAAGAUCUGCAAACUAACAGCCACAGCAGCAGCAGCAGCAGCUCCUUUGGCUCUCUUGCUUUUCCUAUGCCAUCAGCUCCCCUGCAUUGACGCGUUCAACCGCUUCACGGUCGGCGACGAGAAGGGCUGGAUCCCCAACGUCAA